CGUCCCGCCGUUCAGGGCGCGCCCCGAAACGUCAUCAAAAGUCUGACCAAUCCCGUCUUGUCGCGACCGCGUCGGCCCGCCCACUCCUCGACGCCCCGCCUCCCUUCUCGAACCGGCGCGCAGCUUCUCGAAGCGCAGUCAGAGCUGCGCAGUCACCGUGACGCAGCUCCACGCAGGCGCACUGGGCUCACCGCCAGGCGCGGGAAAGCGGAGUCCGGGCGCGAGCGGCCGCUUGGCCUCGCGGCCCGCGCAGAUGGACGGGCCGCGCUGGACGGACCGCGCUGGGCGGCGCCGGCGGGUGGCGCGGAGGGCCGCAGCGAGGUACGCAGCUGUCAGGGCAGUGGCCCGCGGGGUCAGCGAGGCUGGGGUGCCGGGUCGGCCCCGGUUCUCGGGCGCCGCCGGGGGAGAAAAAGCCCUUCUUUCCGGAAGAACGCGGAUGGUUAAAGGUGCAUAAAACUGCGGCCGUACCGCCAUGGCUGAGUCGGGUCCGAGCCGCCUGUCGGUGCCUGACCGCAGGCCCCACUGUGGGGCGUGGGCCUGGCCAUGGGCCGGGACGUGACCAUGGCACCCGCACUCACCAGGCGUCGCCUCAGCGUCACGACGUCAUGACGUAACGACGUCCCCCACAAGGGCCAUCGCUGCUCGUCUGUGAGCCCGGUGAGCCGGCUCCCUGUGUUUCCGUCGAAAGGUUGAAACGGCGGCUGCCUGAACUUGCUCCCCCACCGCCGUCUUUCCUCCGUGUCUCACCGCACAGCCUUCCGGGGCGCCCACUUGGCCGUCCGCAGAGCAGACGCCACAGGAAGCACGGAAAUGCCAGCGCCCCACGGACCCCGCCGCCAGGCAGACCCCGUUCACCUAUCGGAGCGGAAACAAGAAAGCAGUGGCACCUGUGGGACCUCCGCUGGGACUGUGCCCGCCGGUCCGCCUGCAGGGUUCCUGCACCCUGGCCGGGGCCCAACCGCCCAGGAAGCUCUGCAAGCCUUGAUUCUGGAGUUACGGGUCUCAGCAAGUAGGCAGGUGCACAAAGGUGGAGUGGAAAACAGCAAGGGCCUGUGUUUUCCCAGAAGCCCCUCUGCUCCCGAGAGGCUGGGCCUCCCAUCGGUUCCUCUUCGGGCCACGGAGGGAGACAGGACCCUUUCAGUAGAAACUGCCAGCGGGAGUCACCCUCUCUUCCCUUGGACACAUGGCGCGGAGCACGAACACUUCCUAGGCCCCAUGUUGGCUGGACAGACGAUCUCGGACGAACUACAGGAGAUGACGCAUGUGACUUGCCCCUCACACACUGUGGAGUCAGCCAGAGCCUGCAGGACACAAGGGACUGGCCUGGGCGCCCAGACGGUGGUGGUGGCGGCAGCUGAAGGGCAGAGGUGGCCGAAUGUUACCCAGCACAUGGGCCUGCUCAUCAGUCUGGGCAGGACUCGCUCACUCCAUCCUGCGAUAAUCAACCCACACGAGGGCUUCCCUCUAAGCUCUGUCGGGGCGGACGAGCAGGAGAGCCCUGCUCAGUGCUGUCCUCGGCAGUUGUCCUGGGAUGUUUUACACUGGAAGUGCAAAUGCAAAGUUAGAAAGGGCGAAAUGGGGCACAUUAAGAAUGAGGAACCCCCCCCACCCCCCGCCGCCGUAGGACUAUCUAAACCUCCGUUCCUCUGAGCCACCAGCAGCGCCUGGGUUCCCCAUAACCUCGAGUAUCACGUCUUUCCACGUGGCCUCAUUCACUGACAGGGAGGAGUCUCUGGCCCGGUGAGCCAUCAGUGUUGGAAGCUUCUAGAAAAGAUGCCGCAGCACUUGCAGCCUGUGACGUGGACUGUGCAAGUCGAGGUGGUGGUCGUGGAAGACAAGCAGGGGUGGGGGUCAGGCUCUGAUGAACGUGGAAGACCUGGUUACCACGCUCACUUCUUAGUUUUCAGAACCGUUGGCAGUCAGGGAGGCCGGGCUGGGGGGCGGGGGGUGCGGUCAGGGUACACAAGAGCCUGCACAGCUCUCUGUGGACCUGAAUGCUUCCAGGGCCAUGAGUCUACAGUGAGCGGCCCUGCUGUGCCAGGCGAGGUUUGCAGUUUCCCUGCUGCCCGCCCUCGGAAAGUGUGCCGUGGCUGUGGGGGAACUGAGGCGGCACCUUCCUCCACUUCCCGGGGGAGAUGGGCGGCAUGCUGUGGGCUGUGCACCUUCCCCUGGAAU